UUGAAAGGGCAACAGCUUUGACUAAGUCUCCUCCCCCAAGCUGCCUUUUGCUCUGGGGAUGUCGUGACGUUGCGUUCCUCCCGUCUCUUGCCUCCUCCCUCUUUCUUUUCCUCUCCAGAAGCUCAGUCCCAGACUUCCGAGAAUCUUUUACGACAUUGGGUCUCCGAGUCGGUCCCGGCGCCGGGUCCACUUUUCGGCAAAGUGACGUGGACGUCAACAGCAAUGGCGGAAGGAGAAGAGGUUCUGCUAGGGCCAACGUCAAGCAGUGACGGCUGGGAAAAAGAUCUUGAAGAAGCUCUGGAAGCAGGAGGUUGUGAUCUUGAAACUUUGAGAAAUAUAAUUCAAGGGAGACCACUGCCUGCUGAUCUGAGGGCCAAAGUUUGGAAGAUUGCUCUAAAUGUUGCAGGAAAAGGUGAUAGUUUGGCAUCAUGGGAUGGUAUUCUAGACUUGCCAGAACAGAAUGCUAUUCACAAAGAUUGUCUUGAGUUUAUUGAACAGCUUUCAGUGCCAGAAGAGAAGGCAACAGAAUUACUUUUGGAUAUUGAAUCUGUAAUUACCUUUUACUGUAAAUCACGUAAUAUUAAAUACAGCACAUCCCUUAGCUGGAUACAUCUACUGAAACCGUUGGUGCAUCUUCAACUGCCACGCAGCGAUUUGUACAACUGCUUUUAUGCUAUCAUGAAUAAGUACAUUCCCAGGGAUUGUUCUCUGAAGGGAAGACCAUUUCAUCUUUUCCGAUUACUCAUCCAAUAUCAUGAGCCUGAGCUUUGUUCUUUUCUUGAUACAAAGAAAAUUACUCCAGACUCCUAUGCACUCAACUGGGUAAUAAACCAUUGUGUUUUUAAUAAUCAUUUUGUUCUGUCCUCUGCCUCAAUUUGCUAUAGAAUGUCUUUCAAUCUUCCUUGGCCAGACAGAGCAUGUACGGAGCGGCAUGUGAGCAGCAGUGACAGAGUGGGCAAGCCUUACCGUGGUGUAAAGCCUGUUUUCAGCAUUGGGGAUGAAGAAGAAUAUGACACAGAUGAAAUUGAUAGCUCUUCAAUGUCAGAUGAUGACAGAAAAGAGGUUGUAAACAUCCAGACUUGGAUAAACAAGCCAGACGUCAAGCAUCAUUUUCCUUGUAAAGAAGUUAAAGAAAGUGGACACAUGUUUCCUAGUCAUCUGUUGGUUACUGCAACACACAUGUACUGUUUAAGGGAGAUUCUUUCACGGAAAGGAUUGGCUUAUAUACAGUCUCGACAAGCACUAAAUUCUGUAGUUAAAAUUACAUCUAAAAAAAAACAUCCUGAGCUAAUUACCUUCAAGUAUGGAAACAGCAGUGCUUCAGGAAUAGAAAUCUUGGCAAUCGAAAGGUAUUUGAUUCCAAAUGCAGGAGAUGCUACCAAAGCCAUAAAACAACAGAUCAUGAAAGUUUUGGAUGCUUUGGAAAGUUAAUAUAAAAGAGAAUUAUUUCAAAAGAAAUUAAGGCAACCAAGAGAAAGAAACAUGGACAUAUUUUCCUGAUUGAAUACUAACUGAGGACCUUUCAUUUGCUCAUGGGGGUGCUUGAAUUGCAGGUCUAAGAAUGUGUAAAUUAUUAUAAUCAAUUUCUGGACAGUUAAAAUUUUUCUUAAAUUUUCUUUUGCAUUUUCGGUUUUGUAAAAUGAUUUAUAAAGGUCAGUUAUUAAAUGACUUUGAAGUAACUGACCCUAUGCCCUUAUGAACUAAGGGUGCAGAACGCAGUUCUGUUUUGAAGAGCUGUGUUUUAAAAGGGAACAUGCAUCACUUUCAGAUUUAAAAACACCCAUACACAUAUAUACUUGCAAUGUCUUCACUGAAAAUUAGAGAUAGAACUAGUUGAAGAGACCCCUUUAAUUGCUACAUUUAGUUUUAUCCACUGAGCAGUAUCAGAAACAAAGUAUUACAUAGAUUACUAGCUUGCUGUUUCUGUUCUUAAAAAAACGUGACAUCUUUUUAAUGAAGUGGAUGAAGAUUCCAGCCAUCUCGGAAAUGCAGUCCAGCUAGUUGAAGCAUCAGUUUCUAAAUCAUUUUUUGUGCCAUUAGCUAAUGAUUUGAACACUGGGUGCUUCACAUACUAAACUUCAUCCUAAUGGUUUCUAAGGAGCACUUAAAAGCUUAUAAUAAGUAGGUAGGCAUACUAAGAUUAAAACAAACGUUUUGGAGACAGAAUUGUACCUGUAAAAAUGUCAUUGGUCUUUAUUACAAGUGGAAUAUUUGAUUUAGGAUAUUUCAGAACAGGUGUUGUACACACAUUGAUUUAUCCUUACUGAGGUUAUGGUCUGUGACCACACUAGUAUCCACUUAAAUAAAAGCCAGAUAAUAAGAGAGCUACAUAAAGAACAGUUGUUUUAUCAUCUGUUUCUGAAAUUCCUUUCUCUUCUUUGGUUUUUGUCUUCUCUUGCUAAAAGUUCCAGUGUAUUGAAACUAUUUUUAUUUUUUAAUAUGACGAAACUAAAAAGUGAUCAGCUUCAUUUUGCAGCUUUCUCAAUUUAAUUUAUUGAGGUCUAUAUUAGACACAUUUGGUGAGAAGAAAUCCGGGAACAUGUUUGGGGCUAUGGAAUGACUCCCUAUAAAAUCUUUUUGGGAACUAGCAAAUCCUAACAAUCUGCCAUGUCCUAAAAUGUAAUGGAUUAUCUCUAAGGGGUUGAUAGGAGAAACAUUUAGAUGUACCCUAUUUAUAACCAGCUAUUUUAAUUUACUUAAUGGAAAUCAAGUGAAUUACAGGUAACAUAGUUCAAGAUAUUUUAUUCUAAUAUCUAAAUAAAAACCGUUUACUUGAGUGGUUGAAGACAUUUGCAUGAAAUUGCACCUGGUGCAGUACUUGAUAUUUAUAACUCUACCCACAGCGGUUGUAUUGCAUUUUUCUUUUUUUCUUUCUUUGGCGCCCCCUUUAGAAAUGCCCUGAAGUCUCCAUUUUUUGCCCAUUUCAGUCAUGGGACUUUUUUCAUAAUAUUAAUGUAAAGAUGUUUGUGUUACUGUUUAUAAAUUACAGUUGUAAAUAAACCAGUACGAUUUGCUCAUAA